AUCCGCUGUUGACCGGAACUUCCGGUUCAGAUAUCUGUUUGAUUUCUGGCGGUUUGUUUUGAACGUCUAAAACGCAGAAUAUAUGAUGAUGAAUUAUAUUAACUGUUAACGGGGGGGAAAAAAAUUUUGUCCACACAAUGGACGCACAAGCCAGAUCUGUUUUAUAUCGGAUAAUCCGGAAAAUACCAAACAGAAAUAUAGAAAACCUUCUGAGGAGAUGGAAUUGUUUAUCAGCCGAACAGCUGCGCGAUCUGGAUUACACGAGACCCAAAUGGGUGAUAGUGGAACAUGUCAUUAGUUUAUGUGAGGAGAACAGACUUAGCCUGAAGCACGUCACUAAUCUGGAAAUGAUCUAUCGUAUAGAAAAUCCCGAUCAAGGCAUCUGGCACGCAUGUCAGCUUACUGAGGCACAAGAUGAUGCAGUUUGUGUAGAGCUGACACAGUUUAAAGAGCAGUUUAAAGCACAUUUGCAUGGGGUCAUUCGGCAUAUUUCCAUUAAGAUGAAGAAACACGAAGAUGAGGCUAUAUGGAUUCGGAUUGCCUGGGGAGACAACUUCAGCAAACCCAACCACCUUAAGCCAACUUAUGUUGUGCACCACCUACACACUUCCUAUGUGUUUAUAUCCAACCUCAUGGCCAAACACAAGAUCUUUCUAUGCCAGGCAUUAGUAAUAGCCACAAAACAUGGCUCUAUAAAGGAUGGCCUCCUGAGCACCAAGAGUCUCACUGCAAUGAGGGACUUGCUUCUGAGACGUUAUCAGCAGGUUUUUCCAAAUGCUCAUUCAAGGCCCCUACAAGAAAGAAACACUCUCCCAUCACACCCCUGUAUUGGAAAGGAACACAAGGACCAUGAAGAGAGAAGACAUCAGAUGGCCUGUGAGGUGUUUGGACAUGGGGCUACACCAAAGCUAGAAUCCGCUGUGUAUAGACUUGAGACAAGGUACAAAGGAAAUGGCAACUACACCCAAAGUGACAAAGAGGAGUUCUUCAGAGGGGUGGUCAAGUUCUCAAGCAGCAGUCUGUUAGAGUCCUUGCGCCACUGUGUUGCUUCAGGCAUGGCUGAAGGUCCUGUCACUCCGCUGUUGUCUGCCAUCACUCAGAGGGGAAGGAAUUAUUUUGUCAUCACAGACAAAGGCCCUGGUGUUUCUAGCCAAGCAUCAUCACAGAGAGCCUGAUGACAAUUGACAUUGCUGAGGAAAAUCAGUUCAGCUAGGAUGGGCAAACAUGAGAAUAUAUUGUGCCACCUGCAUCCUGAAAAGAUGAGAACGUUGGAGAAGACAUUUGUGUAAUCUUGGCGACAUCAGCAUUGUCCCCUAAUCUGAUCCAGCAGUAAGAAUGUUUUUUUUUUUACAAUUAACCUAUAUAUAUAUAUAUAACACAUAUAUAGGAAAUAUAGCAUGUAUGAUUUUAGUGUCAUUUUAGCAUUGUUUUAAAUAAAGUUUUUUAAAAAAGAAAAUUGUAAUAACAGUUAUUUUAAAUAUAAUUUAGUCUGAAUUUAGUCCUUUUCAAGCUGUGUAAUGUACAAUUGCACAUAAAAAAGUUAUGGUAAUUUGUAUGAAAUCAGAAUUUAAUCUACUUCCCAUGCACAUGCAAUCGGGCAGUCAAUAUUGUAUGACAGGAUUCAUUGAUAAAUGUUGAAAAUGGAAAUUCAAAUUUCAUUCAUACUUGCAAUUUUGGGUUACGCUUUAUAUUAAGGUGUCCUUGUUACAGUGUAAUUAUACCAAGCUCUGAGUAAUAUUAAUUAGUUAAAAAAGUCUUUGUAUAGGGUUAUUUGCAUGUGAUUAUACACAAUUUAUUAUAACUACAGCAAGUACAUGUAAUAUAUGUAACAAGGACACUAAAAUGAAGUUACCCUUUGUGUCUUAGGUCCUUACAAAAAAGAUCUUUCCUUUACAAUGCCAUACAGUCAUCAUUGCUAAAAUAAAAGCGGUAACUUGGUUUUGAAAUCAUGUGUCACUGUCUUCCAUGUAAGAGUAGAGAAAAUGUGUUGAAAAUAUGCUAUAAAACUGUUAACACAGUUUUUAUCUUAAAGAGAUAAUCCAUCCCAAAAUAAAAAGAGAAAAAUGAGAAAAUUAGCCCAUCUCUGUCAGUCCACAAUAUUGUAACUCAAAGGUUGUCGCUUAAGUAACCACUAAUCAUGAUGUUAAGUCAUACAACUAGUGGAUGAAUUCAUGAAAGUCCUCUGAAGUGAAUCAAUCAGCGUGUGAUGAAAAUAAUAUUUUAAACUUGUGUAACCCUUUUUUUUUUCUGGCCAUCUUUCAUAAGCACGUUCAUGUUUCAUGCUUGACAUAAAUGUCAACAAGUUGUCAAGCUUGCACAUGACAUGGCGGACCUCUGUGCUUCCCUUUCUUCUCGUAUGAUCUUUGCAACUUGGUAAUGUAAUUCUUGCAAGACUCUUAUGAAUGUGCAAAUGACAUGCUAGAACAUGACAUGCUUUUUUUUUCCAUUUUUUAUUAAAAACAGAAUUGUUCUUUAAGACCUAUGAAGUAGUAAAAUGUGACGUCACGUCCAUAUGUGACAUUUUCCUAAAUGCUGCAGUAAAAUGGUUUGAUAUGAUGUGUGCAUACUGUAGAUUUUUCUACGUAUAAGAAAUUAGGUUUUUAUGUGUUUAAAGUAUUCAUAUGACGUAUGCAUGUAGUAUGGGAUGUCCCCUAAAAUAACUGGCCAUUGUUUUUUUUUUUUUUACUUGAAGUAUGAAAAAUGUGACAUAUCUCCAAAAAUUUAAUGCAUGUAUGUGUGGGAAUGUUAGAGUUUAGUCUAGUUAAUAAAGUCUUUUUCAUAUCACA